GGAGACCUAGAUGUGCGCUUGGGAUAUGAUCUGUGUCCACAGGAGCAAGAUUUCUUAUGUAAGCGAAAGAGACACGUCGCUCAGGCUCUGAAGCAAGUGCUUCAUCUAGGUUAUGAUUUGAAAGAUCAUGAGGUUCCUGUGGUAGCAGUCAUGACAACAGGAGGUGGGACAAGAUCAUUCACAACAACAUUUGGCACUUUGAGGGGUCUGCAAAAAUUAAAUCUCAUUGACUGUGUUACAUAUAUGUCUGGUUUGUCUGGCACAUGCUGGGCCAUGGCACAGAUGUAUAGAGAUGCUUACUGGUCCCACAGGAAUAUGGAUGAACUCAUAUGUGAAGCUAAGAAACAUGUAACCAAGAGCAAGAUGGGUGUUUUUUCCAUUGAUCGUAUGAAAUAUUAUCAGCAGCAGUUGAAUAAACGGAAAGAAGAAGGAUACAAAACUACUUUUAUCGAUCUCUGGGGACUCAUGAUUGAGUAUUUGUUACAUGAUGGGAAAGAUAACCACAAACUCUCAGAUCAGAGAGAAGCUUUGACAGAAGGUCAGAACCCAUUGCCAAUCUAUGUAACUCUUAAUAUCAAAGAAAAGUACAGCACUCAAGACUUUAAAGAGUGGGUGGAAUUUACACCCUAUGAGGUUGGCUUCCUGAAAUAUGGAACAUUUGUGUGUCCAGAGAAUUUUGGAAGUGAGUUCUUUAUGGGCCGCAUGAUCAAGAAGCUCCCAGAGUCUCGGAUAAGCUAUCUCCAUGGAAUGUGGAGUAGCAUAUUUUCAGUGAAUCUCUUAUAUCUCCUGAACAAAGUUAACAAUUCAGAAGAAUUCUGGCACAGAUGGACCCGAGACAAAAUAAUAGAUAUUGAGGAAGAUCCUAAUUUGCCUACAAGGCCUUAUGAACUGAAGAGCCACAUGUUUGUUCCUGCUGGAAAUCUUUCCAGUGCAUUCCGAGGGUUCUUGACAGAUCGCCUUUCUGUUGCCCAAAGUCACAAUUUUCUAAAGGGUUUACAGCUGCAUAACGAUUACUUGGAGAAUGAACAGUUUCAAAGAUGGAAAGCCACUGUGUUGGAUUACUGCCCUAAUCAGCUAACAGAACAUGAUGACUAUUUGGGAUUGCCUCUGGAAGAAGCUUGCAAGUUUUACUCAGAGCAAGGUAUUCCAUUUCCAAAUGUUGUCCUUACUGAAGAGGAUAAGAAAAACCCAAAGGAAUGUUACUACUUCAAUCAAACAGGAUCUCCUGAGUGUCCACAGGUGCUUUUCUUCCCAUUAGUGAAUGAUACCUUUCAACAUUACAGAGCGCCCGGUGAAAAGCGGAAUGAUGAUGAAAUGCAUGCAGGAAACACUGAUGUAUCCAGUACCAGCAGCCCAUAUGGUACUCACCUCCUCACAUACAGUGAAGAGGAUUUUGACAAACUUGUGAACCUGAGUGAAUACAACAUUAUGAAUAACCAGCACAUUAUUCUGCAGGCUUUACAUGAUGCUGUGGCACGGAAAAGGCAGUGUUACCACAGAUAUUGA